AUGGCGAUGAAAUAUUUCAAAACCAUCAGGGACAAAGCCCCCUUCGGCAAAUCUCCCGCAAAAGCCCACGAUCCCAUCCUCACCGAGGAAGACGAGGCGUUUCUCAGCUGCGUCGCAAACUCGCCGGAGAAGACGCGGGUGGAUCCGGGGGGCGAUGCGCAGAUCGCGCUGAUGGACGGAGCGCAGAAUAUACCGCUGCCGAUGUCGCCGCGGGAAGAAGAACAGGAUUUGGAUCAGAUGUUUGCGGUGGAGGGGCGGAAGUCGAGGACGGUGGAGGAGGAGAGGGAGGAGGACGGGGAGGGAAAGGUGGUGGAGGAGCCGAGGAAGGGGGAGCGCUGGAGUUGGAUCCUAGGGAAUGGGAAGGGGGAGAAGGAUAAGGCUAAGAAGGAGCCCCCACCGAUGAUUGAUCAGGAGGUGCAGAAAGAAGAGGAAGAUAUCUCGGAGGUGUUGGAGAAAUUGAACCUGGCGGCGAUCAACAAUCGAGUCUUCUCGAUUGGGGACGAGACUCAAGAGCUGUUGGAAAAAUUCAAGUUUGUCUUCAAAGACCUCGUCAAUGGCGUCCCGACGGCAUAUAACGACCUGGAAACUCUCCUUACAAGUGGGGAUAAGCAGCUGCAGAGUACAUUUGAUAGGCUCCCUGAAUUCCUACGAAAAUUGAUCGAACAGCUACCUACGAAAGUAACGGAGAGAUUUGCACCGGAGAUGCUUGCGGUCGCUGCGGAGCGAGCUGGACGACAUGGGCUGAACGCGGAAAAUGCGGGCAAGGCAGCGGGGGCUGCGAAGAAGAUGGGGUUCAAGGUGCCGAGUCUGAAGGAAGUGGUGGGAAAACCAGCGGCGAUUGCGGGGAUGUUGCGAUCGAUCAUGACCUUUUUGCGGGCGCGGUUUCCAGCGCUUAUGGGGAUGAAUGUGUUUUGGUCCUUGGCGUUGACCGUUCUCCUUAUCGUCCUAUGGUACUGCCACAAACGAGGACGCGAAGAGCGUCUCGAAAAGGAGCGGAUUUCCAGAGAGGCAUCGGCCUCCAACCUCGACGACAUGGCCGAGUCCACGCAGGCCUCCCCCAUUCAUACAACGUCUGCAGACAACGCACCAAUUGGGACCGCUCAAACGGCAGGAAACGGCGCCCAACAACAUCCAGCGCAGUACGCCCCGGUAUCGUCAGAGGGUGCAGGCAUGAAUAGUUCGGUUCGGGCUGCAUCCAACAUGGAAACACGUCGUAAGACGGUCGAGCCUUAUAAGUUAUGA